CUUGCGGGUUUCGGUUUUUUGACAGCUCAAAAGUGAGGUUACGUUAGGCGAGUAACGUGUUCACUUUAUGAAUUUCCAGCUGGAAAACCGUAAAUAAUUUAUUAUUUCCCAGUAUUUAUGUCUGUAUAACGCCUAAAUACAGCAUAUUUCAUAAAAAUGGCGAACGUUGAAAGAAAGGGGACUUUUAAGGUGGAAUAUCUGCAGAAAAUCGAGAAGGAUGUUCAGAAACAGUGGGACGAUAGGAAAAUAUUCGAAAUUGAUGCGCCAAACAAACCGAAAGCGUCAAACGACGAAAAGUUUAUUUGCACCUUUCCUUAUCCUUAUAUGAACGGACGUUUGCACUUAGGGCACACUUUUUCGCUGUCGAAAUGUGAAUUCUCCGUGAGAUAUCAAAGAUUACAAGGCAAAAAUGUUUUGUUCCCGUUUGGUUUUCAUUGCACUGGAAUGCCGAUUAAAGCCUGUGCCGACAAGCUUAAAAGAGAGAUUGAAAUGUUUGGGAAUCCCCCUGUGUUUCCUCUUGUAGAGGACGUAGUUGUAGAGGAAAGAGAUGAUGUGGUUAUCAAGGACAAAAGCAAAGGGAAAAAGAGUAAAGCAGUUGCUAAAGCUGGUGGUGCUAAAUACCAAUGGCAGAUUAUGCAGAGUCUUGGUUUAAAAGAUGAAGAAAUAACUAAAUUCGCCGAUGAAAACUAUUGGUUGGAUUAUUUUCCUCCCUUGGCUGUAGAGGAUCUUAAAAGCAUUGGAUUACAUGUUGACUGGAGGAGAUCCUUUAUUACAACUGAUGUAAACCCUUUCUAUGAUUCUUUCGUUAGGUGGCAAUUUUUACGCUUAAAAGAAAGAAAUAAGAUUCAGUUCGGAAAGAGGUAUACAAUUUUUUCCCCCAAGGAUGGACAACCUUGUAUGGACCAUGAUAGAUCUUCUGGGGAAGGGGUGGGGCCUCAAGAAUAUACCCUAAUGAAAAUUAAAUUAUUGGAACCUUACCCAAAAAAACUAAGUGUUGUUGGUAAGAAACCAGUAUAUUUGGUAUGUGCAACAUUAAGACCGGAAACUCAAUAUGGUCAAACAAACUGCUGGGUGCGACCGGACAUAAAAUAUCUGGCUAUGGAAACAAAGAGUGGGGAAAUAUUUAUUAGCACUUCUAGGUCCGCUAGAAAUAUGUCUUACCAGGGUUUUACCAAAGUUGAAGGAAAACUUAAUGUUGUUGCUGAAAUUUUGGGAGAGGAUCUUCUGGGUUGCGCUAUUUGCAGCCCCAACUCCCCCUACCCCAAAACCUACUGCCUCCCCAUGCUCACCAUAAAAGAAGACAAAGGCACGGGCAUCGUGAUCAGCGUUCCCUCCGACUCGCCCGACGACUACGCGGCUUUGGUCGACCUGAAAAAGAAGCAGCCGUUCAGGGAAAAAUACGGCAUCAAAGACGAGAUGGUUUUGCCCUUCGAACCGGUCCCCAUAAUCAACAUACCCGAGUUCGGCGAUCUCGCCGCCGUCACCGUUUACGAACAGCUGAACAUACAGAGCCAGAACGACAAAGAUAAACUUUUGACGGCCAAGGAGAUGGUUUACUUGAAAGGGUUUUACGACGGGGUUCUUCUGGUUGGCGACCACAAAGGGAGGAAAAUUCAGGACGUGAAGAAAACUUUGCAGCAGGAAUUGGUCGAAAAGAGUCAGGCGGUGGUGUACUACGAACCGGAAAAGACGAUUGUGUCGAGAUCCGGCGACGAGUGCGUUGUGGCGUUGUGCGAUCAAUGGUACCUCGAUUACGGUGAGGAAAGCUGGAAGAAGCAGGCGGAGAAGGCGUUGGAAAAUAUGAACACCUAUCACGACGAGGUGAAGAAGAAUUUCAUUGGCUGCUUGAAUUGGCUUCAUGAGCAUGCUUGUUCCAGAACCUAUGGUUUGGGAACCAAACUGCCAUGGGACGAACAAUGGCUGAUUGAAUCUUUAUCGGAUUCUACCAUCUACAUGGCCUACUACACCGUUGCCCAUUUCCUCCAAGGCAACACCUUCAGAGGCAACAAACCCAACCAACUGAAAAUAAAACCGGAGCAAAUGACGCCCGAAGUAUGGGACUACAUUUUCUUCAAGGAAGCAAAAAUGCCCAAAACCGACAUCUCCAAGGAGAGUCUCGAUAAAAUGAAGAGAGAGUUCGAGUAUUGGUACCCGGUGGAUCUGCGGGUGUCGGGAAAAGACUUGGUGCAAAACCACCUGACGUACUUCAUCUACAACCACUGCGCCAUAUGGCCCGAGGACGAGAGCAAGUGGCCCAAAGGCAUCAGAGCCAACGGCCACUUGCUUCUCAACUCGAUGAAGAUGUCCAAGUCCGAGGGCAACUUUUUGACGCUGAGCGAGGCCGUGAAAAAAUUCAGCGCCGACGGGAUGAGGUUAUGUUUGGCCGACGCCGGCGAUUCCGUCGAGGACGCCAACUUUUCGGAAUCCAUGGCCGAGGCCUCGAUUUUGAGGCUGUACACUUUCAUCGAGUGGGUCAAGGAAGUGCUGGCCAAUAGCACCAACUACAGGACCGGAAAAUUCAACAAUUUCAACGAUCAAGUCUUCCAAAGCGAAAUAAACUUGAAAGUUAAGGAGACCGACGAUUUUUACAAGAAAAUGUUGUUCAAAGAAGCCCUCAGGACGGGUUUCUUUGAAUUCCAAGCUGCCAGGGAUAAAUAUCGCGAAUUAUCCCUGGACGGAAUGCACAUAGACUUGGUAUUAAAAUUCAUCGAAGUCCAGGCUCUUUUAAUGUCCCCUAUUUGUCCCCAUGUGGCCGAACACGUCUGGGGACUGUUGGGAAAGAAAUCGAGUAUAUUGCAAGCACAGUGGCCCCAAGUGGGAGCUAUCGACGAAAUGCAGAUAAAAGCUUCGGAAUAUCUUAUGGAUACCGCGCAUUCGUUCAGAGUUCAUUUGAAAACCUAUUUGCAAGGAAUCAAAAGCAAAAAUAACCCAAAACCGAUGCCGGUCCCUGUGCCAAACUUAAUAAACAUCUGGGUGGCCAAGUCAGUGCCUGCUUGGCAAAAUUGCAUUUUAACCACCAUGAAGGGUUUCUAUGAUAAAAAUGGUUCUUUGCCCGACAACAAAUCUUUAUCUGUGGAGUUUGGUAAAAAAGAAGAACUGAAAAAAUUCAUGAAACGAGUUAUGCCUUUUGUGCAGGCCACAAGAGAAAAAUUGCAGCAAUUAGGUCCGAAAGCUUUUGCCGUUACUCUAGAGUUUGAUGAGGCUGAAGUUCUCAAAAAUAACAGUGAAUACUUGGCAAAUACUCUUGGGGUUGAAUUUGUUGAAGUUAAAUUCACUGACCAUCCUGAAGCAGAUGAAAAAAUGAAGGAUUGUUGUCCAGGAGCCCCGUUUGUUCUGUUUUCAAAAAAACCAGGGGUACAAGUGCAAUGUAUCAACCCAGAGCCCCUUAAUGGUCUCUUCUCCCAUAAAUUAACCAUAAUUGAUGGGGAUGAUGUAACCAAAAUUAAACAAAGGCUUGUAAGGGAAAUAACAGCCAUAAAAAGUAACCAAACAAUUGAACUUUGGAGGUUUGAAGACCCUGUUAUGGGCCCCCUAAAAAUGCCAUUAUUUAAUGAUCCAACCAAAUAUAAAGUGAAACUUACUGAUUCUACCAAUUUCAAAGUUGACGUGGAAAAAUCCACAAUUUUGGCCAUCAAUGGUAAAAAAUCCAAUCUCAUUGGAAAUACCAUUAUUUAUUUAGUUAAGUAAAUAAAAUAAAUGAAUUUUCUAUUUAUUGUUUACAAAUAAAGGGUU